CUGAAUCACAACGUUAAGCAACUUUCAUGCUAUCCAACGCAUGGCCCAAACCGUGUGACUUUGACUCUCAAAGACUCGAGCGUUGUCAUGAUGGACAAACUGCCCUUGUUGGUUGCUAAGAAAAUGAAGGAAUAUAUUGAAAUGGUGAGGCUUGGAAAACCAGCAGUUUUAAAGACAAACCAGGGAAGUGCUAGUUUCGGAUUAGUUCUUGGGAAUCGUGCAGCACAGAACGACUCUGGCCUUUCUCCAUCAGAAAAACAGAGCACUCCAAGACGUCCAAGUCUCGACAGCAGAGAGGACAGCACACCCCGAAAGCCUCUCGGGAGUCCCAGCCGGAUUACGUCCACACCUGGCCGCAAUGGGCUCUCGGAGAACAGGAGUGAGAAGAGGAAGAGGCUGAUGAGCUCUGAUGGUGAUAUGACUGAGGACUACCCCAAAGAGAAUGACUCUUCUAG